GAAGUGAUUGCUAAUGUUUAAAUUAUUUAAAUGUGCAGAAUAAAUAACAUGUUUUUUUAUCAACUACUUUGACUAGUUUUAGUUUAAUCUGCUAACCUCCCACUGGGACACAUUACUUCUCUGCAGAGAGGGAGAGACGGAGUAUUUACCACAAUAACAUGUUUGAUGCUGAAGAAUAACACACUGAUCCUGUCGCUCCAAGGACUUUUGUUGCACAUUUUUACUUUUUUUUUUUUAAAUCGACAGUUUUAAUAAACGAUUUCUAUUUAUAGUUUAUAAAACAAGUUGUUUUGAAAGUUGUCAAUCUUUGCACUGAAAUGCCGGCGGAUGUAACUUUAACAUUGUUUUGUUACCAUGGAAACGAGUCGGGGAGGAACGCUGAGAGCUCGUAAAAAGUUUGAACACAAACCAACGACAGAAGCAGGAGGAAGAGAGUCAGAUCUGGAAACAUUUUUAAUUUAAUCUACUCCGCCGUGAAAACUUUAAAAACAACAAAGAGUCAUGACCUCCAGGAGCGUCCGUAAGAAGCAGCUGUUACAGCGUUCACGGCGUGUGGAGGGGAGCGCUGAGCGGGCAGCAGCCCACAGGAGCUCUUCCAUCUUCGAUAUGCUAAAAAAACGCAGUGAAGUCCAAGACCUGGACAACGAGAACCAGGAGAAGCAAGAAGAACUGGAGAAUUUGCAACAGCGUGAAGAUGAGUGGCAGGAGAAGAUUAAGAAAGCUAACAAGAUGAACCUCAGCUAUGAGAAGAUUCUCAGGGACCAGUAUACUGAAUGUUCAGAGAGAGCAACGAGGGAGAGGAAAGAGGUUCUUCAUCUGGAUGCAGAGUAUGAGAGGCUGGUGGUGGAGUUAGCUGAAGAGCUGCAGAGCAAGCAGGAGCGAGAGCGCCAGCUAGUGAAACUCACUCCGUAUGCUGUGAGCUUCGAGCGGGCGGCCAAGUUGACCAAGUUUAAGGAUGCAAAGAGCCUCGCAGAUCAUAUGGAGAACCUUCUCCGCAUUCGAGAGAGUCACCUUCAGAAGGACCUGAAGAAGCGUGAGAAGUAUGACGAGCUGAGGAGAACCCUGCAGUCAAACCAAGAACAGCAUCGCCUCAUGCGUCUGCAGAAGAACUACGAGCUGUCCCAGAUGGAGGUGGAGCAUGAGAAAGCGCGCUCUGAAGUUCUGGAAUGGGAGAGGAAGUGGAACCACAUUCAGGAAACCGCAUCAAAGAAAACACUUCUCCUGGGACAAAUCAAGAUGGCGACACUCAACCUCUACGAAAUGACGUGUCAAGACGAAAAGGCAGAUGAAGUGGUUGAUAUAAACGACACAGAGAAACAGCUGGACCAGGUUAAGACGUUCAUGCAAGACACCGACGACAUGGUCAAACAACAUCAGACUUCUUCACAGAGACAAGAUGGAAAGAAAAGAGACAAAAAGAGCUUUCCAAGUCACAGUAAAAAAAAGGCUUCAAAGUAACCUUUACCAUGAGUCUCCUCACAGCUUUAGAACUGCAUUUGCUGAGAUGGAACUAAAUAAUUAAAGUGUGUUUAUCUAAUGUUAAACUCUGUGAGUUUCAUUAACUGUUAACUUGUAGACACUGAACUUCAAUACACUUGAACACUGAAUGCAAUCAAAUAUUGUCCAUUUAUCUCAUCAUUGUUAUUAAAAUGGCUUGAUCAUAAAUUCUGAAAUGGUUCUGAUAGUGGUAGCUAAACAUUUGAGGGUGACUUUUUCAUAAAGUCUAUCCAGUUGCAAUUUCAGAUAACUUAUACAGUUAGUUUAUUCAAUCCUAAGCUUCUCCUCUCAGCACAAUAUCAUGUAGACUUUGAAUCAUCAGGAUAAAGGUUCGGUGCUGCCACCUCGUGUCUCUUAAAGAAAACAGCAAUCUGUUGUAACUUGUUU